AUUUGUAUACUUUUAAAAGGAAGAAGAGGAGAAGGAGAAGGAGUUCCUUGCUAUGAUGGGAAAGCGAGCCCCGAACAUGAUAGUUGGAGAGCUCAAACGCGAGGCCAACAAAUAUCGAGAGGCCCAUCAGAGUGCCCAGGACAAUAACACGGCUUUGCACAGAGCCAUUACAUCACACCUGGCCAACCUUCAGUUACUUACCAAACCUCUGGACCAGGUAGCUUCUGCCAUCCCCUCUGUGGCCAGUGUUGAAGCUCAAGGUGACCCAGCCACAAAGCAGGAGGUGAAGCGUCUGCUGGGCAAAGUAAAGGAGAUGCGCACACAGAGGGCACAGCUAGAGUCUCAGCUGAGGACAGACAUUCAGAACGAUGAUAUCACAAAGCAGUUGGUGACCAACCAGGAUGACACUGAAGAAUUCUUCAAGAAUGAAUUGAAAAAACAUGACAGAUUGGUUUUAGGUUUAGAAAAAAAUAUGUCUGCCCAAGCCAAUAUCCUGCAAGCUCUCUCAGAGGCCAAUGCUGCUUAUGCCACCACCCGUCGCCUCACCAAUCAGGCUCAGGCACAGAGAUCAGAGACUCUGUCAUCUCUGUUGGCAUCAUAUAAUGCGUACCUCAAUAUACUUAAGAAAGCUGAAGAUGCUCAAGAGUUUUACCAUAAGCUGGAGGGACAAGUAAGCAAGCUUGCAUCUCGGGUUAAGUCUGUCUGUAGGGUGCAGGACGAGGAACGAGAGGAGAUGCUCUCAGCAAAUGUUAAGAAGUUCACAGGUGGUGUGCCUCCACCCAAGCCCAUAAGAGAAGGGAGCAUAGAAGCACCAGGAAGCUCCACAAGUGGCCCCAAACUAAAAGAUUUCUUACAGCAUAUGAAGGGAGGCCCAGGGAUGGCGGGUGUGGUUCCAGGAGUUGGUGCUGGAGCGUCGGCACAGGUGCAUCCGGGGUAUGGAUAUCAUGACCCCAGUGGCUCUUAUGCCAGUAGUAUGAGGCCUGCCCCACUGGGAUCAGAACAGAGUGAUGCUAUGACAUCCUGCAGUCAAGCUGGAGGAUAUUCAGCAAAUUACUCUAGCCAGUCAGCAGCAUACCGUCCAUCUGCUCCCUCCCCAGUUCCUUCCCCAGCCCCUCAGAGCUCUGGCUCACCGUAUAAAGUUCCCACAACAACUGCUGCUUACAGUGCUCCAGGUCACUAUUAUGGUAGUCAGCAAAUGGGUGCUACUCCAUACUCUACUGGUGCAUCAGCAUCAGGUUACCCCUCUAGUAUGGGAGCAGGUGCUGCUGCAUCAUCAACAGCAACAGCUUCAGUUAGUGAAUCAGCCACUCCUUAUAACACAGCAAGCAGUGCUCAUUCCUCUAAUAUCUAUAAUAUGAGCCAAGCAGGAAGUCAGCCUCAGUAUGGAUAUAGUGGAGGUUAUUCUUAUUAUGGACAACAAAGUGUAGGAGCUGCAUCUUCUGUGAAUACUUCAACAGCUGUUAGUGGUGGAACUCAACAUAGUGGAGCCACAGCAUCCCCACGUAGUCAGGCCCAUCAAUAUGGUUAUGGUUCCACUUACCCACCAGGUGUUGCACCAGGCACCAGCAGCAGCAGUAGCACAGCUGUGGGAGGAACAAGGACUGCAGGAAGCACAGGUGAGGGAGGCCCAUCUGUGGUUCAGAAGGACACAAGAAAUAUGGGUCAGAAUUACUAUGGAUAUUAUCAGCAACCAUCUGGAACCCCUGCAGUACCAGCUACAGCCGUGACUGCAGUUACAACGGCUUCUGCUGGGAGUACUCAGCAGGGAUAUCCUACAACUACGGCAGGUGGUAGCAGUUACUAUUAUCCUCCAUAUUCCUAUCAGUACCCAAGUGCACAGGCCACCAGCCCUGCACCUGCUGCAAUGUAUAGUCAGGCAGGCUCUUAUUAUUCAUCAAAUAUGAGUCCAGACUCAAAUAACCAAUCAGGAGGUGUUGUAUAUUCAAACCAGACUCCUUAUGCAGGCUAUGCCAAAACACCAUAUAGCACCCAACAGCCUGGAGCACAAGGAGAUGCAUCAUACCAGAAUGCUGCUGGAUCAAACUUUGCUUCAGGUGCUUAUGGCAGUUCAGCAAGUGGUAGUACCCAAGCAGGAGCUUAUCCACAGUCCAAAACAGCAACAUCCCAAGCUGUGCCCAUAACUACAACAGGAACUCAGGUGCCACAGUCACAGUGGAAUAUGUAUGCCAGUUACCCGCAGUCAGGCAUUACAUCUAUCAGCAGCAGCCAAGCAGGAAGUCCUGGAACAUUUGGCACCCAGAGUUCUCACAGAUCACCCUCAGUGUCAUCUACAUUUACCACAUCUCAGACAGGUGCAUCAACAGUGCCUUCUCAAGCUUAUUCAUCACCUGUUGUAGUAACAGCUAAUGCAACUAAUACUCAUUACAGUCAGACCAUGAUGUAUAAUCAGAAUUAUCAGACUUGGGCACAGUAUGGCUCACAUCAGCCUCAGCAGCCACAGCAACCACAGCAACCACAACAGCCACAGCAGCCACAGCAGCCACAGCAGCCACAGCAACCACAGCAGCCACAGCAGCCACAGCAACCUCACCAACAGGCUUAUCAGGCACAGUAUCCAAUGGGUCAGAAGCCUCAGAUGCAGCAAGCCCAUCCCCAACAGCCUCAGCAUCAACCUGUACCUCAGCAGUCACAGCCUCAGGCACAGCAGCAGCAAUAUCAACCACAGCAACCAACAUCACACCUACCACAAGUGCAACCUCUACAGCCCCAGCAACCAUCAGUGCAACCACAAACACAGCCUCUUCAGCCACAACCCCUUCAACCACAGAAGCAGCAGCCACAGCAGGUACCACCUGCUGCUGGAGCCACAUCCUCCAUUGCCCCAUCCGUUUCAUCAGUUACUUCAGGCAUAUCAAACUUGGACCUCUUGUCAGGCAUUGAGCUAACUUCACCACCUGGCUCACAGUGGUCGCCCCUAACUCCACAGCCAGCGGUCUCUGGAGUCCAAAAGGCUGCUGAUGUUGUGGGUUCUAUGGGAGCAGCAGCUUCAGCGGGAGCAUCUUCAGCUCCUGAUGUGACUUCAGCUGCAGGGGCAGUUGCCGACGCUAGCCAGCCUCCUCCAGCCAGUAGCAGCAACCUUCCAAAUGUGGUGUCCAGUAACACAGCCUCAAACAGCUCGAAUGUGGUUCCCUCCAGCCUCCUUGACCUCACAGCCUUAGCUAAGCAGAAUCGCAAGCCGUCUGCUGUCGAUCCCUUAACUGAUGACCAGACACUCAAGCGGCUUGCGGGUGAAACGGAGAGGUUGAGCAAGAUUGUGGAAGGGUUGGAUCGCAAGUCUCUAAAUGGCCCAACGAACCUCGAUAAAAAGUGGAAGGAGCUCCAGGAUGUUGUGGAGAAGGAAUGUGGGGAGUUGAAAGUGUCAGUUGCACGGUGCUAUCCUCUUAAAAAUAGAUUUGCUGAUAUUCUUCCUUAUGACCAUACUAGAGUUACUCUUCCCUCAGCUCGAGAUGACUACAUCAAUGCCUCUUUUGUACAGUUAAAAUCUACUGAAGAAAGUUUCCCACUUAUCCUAACCCAAGCACCCAUGCCUGCAACAUUUGUUGACUUCUGGACAAUGGUGUGGGAACAGCAAGUUGAAAUCAUUGUUUGCCUAAACUCUGAGGCUGAGGUCAAAGGACAGACAUAUUGGCCUGGAGAAGUAGGCAGCAGUUGUGAUUAUGGGCAGAUAGCCAUCUCCCUGCAUAGCUGUCGUGAGGCAGGGUCUCCAGUGUCAUUCCAACGCGUUUUGCAUGCCACACACCGGACUUCCAAAGUGACGAGGGUCAUAAUUCACCUGCAGUUCUUAGGCUGGCCGCCAAGUGCUAUGCCAGAAAGUCCUGGGCCACUUCUGCAAUUCAUAUCAGAAGUGCAUACGUUCCAGCGACAGCAAAGAAAUAAAUUAAGAGCAAUUUUGGUACAAUGUGUUCCUGGCUUGGGCAGAUCUACAGUGUUUUCAAUAUUAUCUGCUUAUAUGAGGGAACUGCAUUCAAAUGGCAUAUUAUUAGACCUGACGUCCCUGUUGGUGGAACUCUCGAGGCAGCGGAGAGGCGGAAUCCAGGACAAAGAUCAUCUCUACUUCCUCUUCUCAGCAGCUUUGUACUAUUCCCAGGAUGUUCUCAUGAAACGAGGAAUCCUGACCAAUAAGGCUACUUUUGAGGAGGGUCCCCGAGAAAAAACCCAUGUCCGCCAUCCCUCUGCUGACCUCCUCUCCUCCUAUGACUUGUCUCGGCUUAAAAGCAAACUGGGUUUAGAUCAAGAAUGUGGUAAAGCAAGAAGUGAAGGGGAAUGCUCGAGAAGCAACUCUGCCUCAUCUCUACUUAGCAAUGGAUCGUCUGCUGGGAUUGAUCUAGUAGGAGAAGGGCAGAGGGAAAGCAGCCAAGAACCAAGCUCAUCUAGUGCAUUAGAGGUUCCUGAUACCUCUGUUGGGGGUGAUGGUAGUGAAGCUGAUGGUAGUUUAGAUAAGGAAGAAGAGAGUGCCUUGGACAGUAAGCUCAACACUAGGGCUGUGAAAGUGGGUGGUCUUCUGGAUACAGACCUUUCAUCAUUAGCACCUAGCUUAGCUGCUAGUUUAGAUCCACAACAAUUUAAAAUUGAUCCGCCUGUGCCUGGAAAGCCAAGCAAAAUCACCAAAGAAAGUUUUGAGAAUCCGUCUGGGCCCUUGAAGAUUCCGGAUGAUCCAACUGAUCCAUUUAGUGGAUUAGACCCUCUUUGGUCCCACAAGAAAUCGUAAAUUUGGCUAAUUUAUCGACCUGUACUGUUUACCUAUGCAAUUUGGUAAAUCUUCUGCAAGUCUGUGUUAUUUCAAAAUUGUUAAAUGGUCUUCAUUGUCUUGCAGGUUGUUCAUUCCUUUUAAUAAUUAUUGGCAUUUAUGUAAGUCUUCAUAUCCAUUAAUAAGCCAUUGCAUGAUGUAUUUAGUCCACAUUGUUAGCAUUUCAAAUUAGCCUAGGGUGCAUAUCAAAGCAUAUAUUUUUUUUUCCUAACUAGAACUUUCGGUUUUUACUUAUUUUCUCUGAAGAAAAAAGGAAAGGAAGGUAAAAGAGAAAUGACCUAUGUUCAGUUUGCAUAUCAGGUUCUUUAUUUUAUAUAUUUUUCCAAGCUCAUGAACAAGAGAUUUGAAACAGAGUGAGAGAAUGAGUGUAGAACCAAGAUGCACAGUGUGCACCUUUAUGAAACCUUAUAAAUGUCUACUUGACUAUUUAUCUAUAUUUUACAUGUUUAAAUAUAUGUUUUAAAUAUAUUUAGGUAAGCAUACUAUGUAAAUGUUAAAAUAAAUAUUAUUAGUACCGAGAAUUAUUUAGAAUAAUUGUUUAUGUUGAUGUAAUCCACAGGCAUUGCAUUCUGGUGCUCAGACCAACUGUGUGUUUGUGGGUGCAUGUGUGCCUGCAAGCAUGGUGUUGUAGUUUGUCCUUUAUAGUAUUUGAUUAAAUAAUUAUAUUAUAUUAUGUUAUUGUAGUAUCAUGUAACAUUGUAGAAAUGGAACAAUGUACACACUAUAAAGGUCACAAAACUUAUAAUUGGAUCUCAUAGAGAAUGCUAUCUUUGAAAGGAAAGAAUUUGUAUGUUUGUUAAUUACAUGAUUUUUAAUUUUGUUAUUAUCUAUUAAGCAGUGUAAUAAGUAAUAGUCGUUUUUGGGUAUGAGAGACGGAUGUGCAAUUAUUGGAGGAGGAAUAUAAUCUGAAUUGAUUUGUAAAAUGAAAGUAGAUUUAUUUUUAAAAAUCUGCUUCCAGUAUAUAGCUUUGCUUGUGCAUUAUUGUUGAGUGAAUUAAAAAAAUGAACCUAAGUGUGUACUAUAACUUAUCAUUAGAUGUACUGAUAUUGUAUUGGAUCACAGUCAAUACCUAAUGCUAUUCCACCAUAUAAAUGCUGGCAAUUAGAUUUGAUUAAUGACACUAGAGUAUGAAAUAAGACAUCCCGGUGUACUUUUAGGCAAGAAUGAAAUGCCCUAGUUUUAGCUUAAAAAAGAAGUUGAAAUUAGUUUAAGAAGUUAUUUGUGAUAAUACUUAUAUAUCUGUGACUUCCCAUAGUUACAGUGUUUUGAAACAAUAUAAAUUGAAAAACAAAUUUUCUU